AGGAAAUGGAAGUGAAGAAGGAAGAUAAACAUCAGCAGGCAGUUCUUGAUAUCAAGGAUGAUAAUCACAUAUUUACAUCUUCAUCUCCAACAUCUACUCCAAAACCAAAGACGAUCCAGAAAGAUUUGAAAUGCACGUCUUGGUGGCGCAGAAAUUUUCAGUUCUUUGUAGACCUCGUCCGCGACUUCAAGAAGUACAUCUACUUGCAGCCUGGGUACUUCGUAAAAGCAGUCGCAGUGUACGAAACGUUAAAAGCGAUGAAAGAAGGUGACCACUUGCUAACCACAGACCCAACGAAACAUCUUCCAAAUGCUCAGAUGGAAGAGUUGGGUGUGCCGUUUUUCUGUGAUUCCCGGAAAGAUGAAACCACAAAGAUAAAACCACAUGGAGUUGGAGAAGAAGAUGGAGGAGAGGUCGUUGAAAAUGUAGUGGACUCUACGACCAUCACCUCAUCAGAAGAGGACAAAAAUCCAAUUCAUCCGAAUGCUCCACAUGCUGACGAGUUCUCAACCACAGCACGCAAAGUCCUCGACUGGCGUAUCCAGACAAGCACAAAGACAUCAGCGAAACAGCAAAAUAGCAUGAAGCCAUCUUUUUUCCGAGAUUUCAACAAGUCUGACAUUGAGGCUUUAGAGCUACUAGCAGGUAAGCGUGGGUUGAUUCCAGGUGUGCGGUUGCCACCGAGCAUUAGGUGGGAAUAUUCCAGUGAGAGCUUCUCGACUGCGUGCAAACAUUGGCUAGCGGUGAGACCAGGCUUUAGAGCGGACUUUCGCAGAUUUCUACAUACAUUGUUGUUCAAAAGUGGGGUGGGGAGCGGAGCUAUUACUUCGAGGCCUUCUUCAACUUUAUCCUUAUCGACCACGACAUCUUCUGCGACUAGUACGUUCUUCACUGAGAUCUUGAAGCAGCGAAAGAUUGUGAUGGGCGAAGAUGACAAGGUCAUCGACGCGGCGGAUACGAACAGCACGAGUAAGAGUAAGGAGCCUAAAAAAGAAGAUCAACAAGGUCAUGUCGACGACGAUGCUUACAAAGUUCGUGACUUCGCUCAAUCUGCAACCGAAACGCCACUUGAAGAUGCUACUGCGAGCAGUCGUAGACGAAAUGGCGGCUUUGAAUCGUUUACACAGAUGUGGAGUAAUCGCACAUCAAGUACAGGAACAGGAGCAAGAGGAACAGCGGCAACAGAAUCAGAGCCCCUCCUUCCUGGUGACAAGCAAUGUUUUGCAUAUACUCGUCUUAUCGUUGUGCACAAAGCGUGGCGACUUUUUUUAGAAACUCUGGAAAGGAGAAGGAAUAGGAAAUCUUCUAGCAUUACGACAUCAGCAUCAGUAUCAAAAAAGGCGCAAAACCAAAAGCAAAAAGAAGACAGUUUGAUGAAGUCGAAGCUUCAAGCAGAGUUUGAGGCUCCACUGGAUGAAGUUCUACUAGCAGCGCAAGAAGCAGGAUUAGAAGGCGUUGCCGUUGUCACACCGAAACCCUCUAAAGAGAGUAAGAGGAAGAGCUCAGGAACGUCUGGAGGCGGUUCUACGAUGACACCUGGCUCCAUCCUUGGGCCUGGGGAAGAUUUUUUGCAGCUGUACUCUUCCUUGAGACCAAGUGGAGCUGGUGCGGACCGUCUCCGGCCCUUAGAGGUAGAUCCGAUCGUCUCUCCGUUUGAUGCGUUUUACACAGGGUGCAUAGAGGUGGAGCUGUUGGUGGAGAAAACGGUAGGGGAACGGGGUAUCCGUCAGAUGAAAAUUGAGGCAGAUCGUGGAAAGGUCCCAAUAGAUGAAAAUGUACAGCUCGUCAACGAAGACGAAGGAGAUCCAUUCACUCUUCUCUCCUCCUGGAUUCAAGCUGCACGCCGUUGCAGCGCUUAUUGGUCUUCCUACUUGCCGAUGCACCAAAACACAUGGCUCUUGUUUCGCAAAAACGCUGAGAAUAUGGAGUUUCUGCAGUUGUGGCUGCGCUUACUACACGACAAACGACUACUUUUCGGCUUUCCCUUCGUGGACCAGUCACCUCUUGGCCACCUGUUGAGAGCGUUUAAAUAUCAGACGUUGGCGUUUCCGGGAUUGUACUAUCCUAGACUUGGCACCUGUCCUGUCUACGACAUCACUGCGGACGAGGCGGAAGCAAUGAGAAAACAUGGGUUUCUAGAGGAGGGAGGGGAAAAGGAGGAUGAACAUGGACAUGGAAGAGAAGUCGACGAAGGAGAACAAGGAGAAGGAGAAGAAGGUGGGGGAACAACUACAUCGACCAAUAUCCAUAAGCCGGUAUCAUCUACUGACGAAUCAUCAACAUCUUCUGCUGCAUCAGCUUCUUCAUCUCCAUUAUCAUCUCCUGGAGAAACAACAAGUGGGUGGAAACAAAAAAUCCUCGACCAACUUUUGCCCGAAAGUCCUUUUGGGAGACCGGAUUCUUUCCCCAUCAACAAACGCUACCUGACUCCCUUCUGCUCGCCCAACGCUAACCGAAUCGUGCAGAACAUGCAUGCUCAAGGAAACCUGGUGAAAAAUUUGGGCACUCUGACACCUCAACUGAGGGAGGCGAGGCAGAGACUCCUCAAUCUGAAUCUCAUGGAGAAUGAACAAGGUGACAGAGGAGCAAACGGGGACAGAGCAAUCCGAGAAGAAGAAGAUGCCAACCCCUCGUUUACCUCCACUGUUGAGAUCAAAACAGAUGGCACAAGAACAUCAAAUGUGGUUGGUGACCUGAUGGAUAGAAGUAAAGUCGGAGUAGAUCGUCCCUUUGGCGAGGCUGAGAGAGAGCGAGCAAAAGGAGCAUGGAUGUUGACACCCUCAGAAUCUUCCUUACAGGACUUCAAUCCCCUUACCAUUGGUCCAUAUUUGCAUAACCUCUUUCUGGAAACAGGGAUGUAGGCAACAAGUUCUUGUAGUUGUGAUUCAUUGUAGCUGUCGCAAGUAACAGGUUCAAGUCCUAGUCACUCGCACUGCAGGGUGCUCCUGACAAAUCGAUUCG